AUGCAUCCGGUGCCCGCUCCAGCGUCUGGCGUCUCCACACCGAGUACGACAACUUCUUUUACAAAACAUGAAGUUAUUCUGCCCAUUUCAGCUCUGGGGGGUGUCUUAUCUGUGACUCCGAACCUAGGAACUAAUGUGCCUACUUUGCUCCCAAAACCCGUACCCGGCCCUCCUGGAACUGUUUUAUGCAAUGCACAGCCUAUCACGUCUUUGGAAAGCGUAGCUUCAAUCAUUUCAAGCUCAGGAUGCAAUGUACAGGGAGCUCAAAUGUCGUCAACUCCUAGACCCGAUUUGAAUCAUGUUCAACAGCCGAUUCUUGGACCAAUUCCCGGACUGGACCCACUAAUGGGGAUCGCCAUCAUAAAUAGCACAACCGCUACCUUCAUCUCUCAAUUAGCUACAAAUGUCUCCGGUUCUCUAACGUCAGUCGCUGUCUCAUCCAUUGCUAGAGGCUCGAAUGCAGAAAUUUUGGCGUCGCUGAGGGAUGUCGCCCAGCUUCUGACAACGAUGUCAAGUCUGACAGCCAAUCUAAAUAAUUCGGUGUCAUCUAUGAUCUCAAUCGCGCAGAGCAGGUGCAGGAUUCCGGCUCAAAUGGACCCUUCUACGUGUAAUAUUGCUAGUGAGGUUGGAGGCAAUUCUCAGACACCCACACAAGGAACGCUGAAAGCUCUACUCACAAAACCAUCAUUCCAAGGUGACAGCGAGGAGGAAAAUCGACCAACAAAUCAAGUCGAUGCCUUGACGUCUACAAAGGUAGCUCUGCCGCCCCGAAAAAAGUCACGACGCGUACUCUCCCAUUCAACUCCUUCAGAGCCCUCAAAUCAAGGAAUCGACGAGGGGAAGUAUGACGCGUGA